AAAAAGAAGUGGACAUCCUAGUGUGGGUUUGUGUCUUUUGGGGGUGUGAGGCUAGGGCAGAACCCUUUCCUAAUCCCUAGCCUUAGGAUGAUAGAAUUCCUACUGGAGUGUGGUGGGUGGUGUGGCAAAGCUUCCCUGAGAAAAGGACUGAGAGAGGAGGUGAAAGAGUUAAGCACAGCAUCUAACACUUUCUAAGUGCUAGUAUUGUUAAUCUCAGUGAUUGUAUAGUCUUUUAAUCCUUUGAAGUACAUCUAAGCAUAAUUCCAAGACUAGCCUGAUCUUUUACUUGUUUUUUCAUCGUUUUCCAACUUCCUAAUUCUGCAAUGUAUUUUCAUUGUUAAAAAGGGAUCACAACCCACAAUCUGAGAACCACUGCUCUAUGGCCUCCUCUGUGGCAGGAAGCUGUGGGUAGAAGAGAUGGGUUUGGGAGUGUUCCCUGUGUGUCCAUACUCUGUCUUCUCUGGGGACCCCUUUCUCCUUUACUCACUGACAUAGAUUUGUUUUCUGACCUCACUAUCCCUUCCUGGCCUAUAGGUCCCAUUUCUCUUGGAGAAUUGUUUUUCCCCCUUCUCCCCCAGUGUGAGGAACAACAUGCUCUAUGCAGUAUGAGUCUGCCUGGCAGUCCAGGGAGUUGACCUUAGAGUUAGUGCGCUGACCCUCAUUCUCACACUUAACAGCUUGCUUUGCUAAUUAGCCUUUUGGAAAGUGGGGGGUAAAAGAGUCCUUGGCUGUGGGCCAUUGCUCCUUGGUUCAAGAGGAGGCUUGACCAACAUGUUCUCUUGCUCUGCUUUUGCCUUAAUGCUCCACCUAGGUUGGACUUUAUUCUUUAUUCACCCGUGUUGUCCUUCCUCUUGGCCCUGUUCUGCAUCCACUGGGACGACUCCUUUCUCUUCCCCAUUUCUCUAGCUCUAGUCCACAGCUGUUGUAGUAGAGUAUGCUAAUGGCCCUGGCCUCCCUGCGGCUGCCACCCACAGUAUGUGGUAGUGGUGGGGAGUGGCCUGGGCUGGGGGAAUUUGAGUAUUUGUGUGUUUCCCUAGAACAGGAAGGGAAGUGCUGAACUCUGGAGUCCCCUCAUUUUUCUCCCUCCAGCAGCCUGUUUCCUCUCUCAUUCCCUCCUUGCCCUCCCCUGGCUUCCUGUUCCCUUUGGCUUGCCCUGUGUCUGGUUUGGAUUGAUCCAGACCACCUCUUAUCUCCCUACUUUCCUUUUUAACUCUAUCCUUCCCUCCCACCCCCCACUUUACUCCUGCCCAGAUUACCAGCUAUAUAGGGCAGCGGAGAGGACCAAGGAUAGCCCUGCCCUGCUAGAGUUCUGGGUUGAGGCAGCAGAAAGGGCUCAGCCCCUCUGAGCCUGUGAGUCAGCACUGUCCUUGGGAUUGGUCCUUACCCUUAGUUCCCCGCCCCUGGGGAGGGGCCAGGCAGCUCUGGGUCCAGCCCGUUCUCUUCUCAGCCAGAGAAGAGGCUCCACACUGGGCGGGGAUGGGGCCUGAAACUGUCUGGUUCUGAGCUGGGCGAGCUGAAGCCACUUGUCCCUCUCCCUCCCCAGGACUCCUGAGAUUCUUGGGCCACAGAGGUCCAACCAGACUAAGGGCCUGGGAAUGCCCCCUGCCUGGCCCCCUUGCCUGGACUGGCAGGGGGGCCGGGCUGGGCAGCAACUCCCUUCUCAUCCCAGCCAUGGAUCUCCUGCCCCCCAAGCCCAAGUACAACCCACUUCGGAAUGAGUCUCUGUCAUCGCUGGAGGAGGGGGCUUCAGGGUCUACCCCCCCGGAGGAGCUGCCUUCCCCAUCAGCCUCGUCUCUGGGGCCCAUCCUGCCUCCUCUGCCUGGAGAUGACAGCCCCACUACCCUGUGCUCCUUCUUUCCCCGGAUGAGCGGCCUGAAGCUGGCUAGUCCGGCUGGGGGGCGCCUGGGGCCUAAGGGGGAGCCAGGAAGGGCAGCUGAGGAUGGGGAGGGGAUCGUAGGGACAGCCGUGCCAGACUCAGGCUCCCUGCCCCUCCUCCAGGACAUGAACAAGCUGAGUGGAGGCGGCGGGCGCAGGACUCGGGUGGAAGGGGGCCAGCUGGGGGGCGAGGAGUGGACCCGCCACGGGAGCUUUGUCAAUAAGCCCACGCGGGGCUGGCUGCAUCCCAACGACAAAGUCAUGGGACCUGGGGUUUCCUACUUGGUUCGGUACAUGGGCUGUGUGGAGGUCCUGCAGUCAAUGCGUGCCCUCGACUUCAACACCCGGACCCAGGUCACCAGGGAGGCCAUCAGUCUGGUGUGUGAGGCUGUGCCGGGUGCUAAGGGGACAACGAGGAGGAGAAAGGUACCUGGGCCCUGCAGCCGCCCACUCAGCUCUGUUCUGGGGAGGAGUAACCUGAAAUUUGCUGGAAUGCCCAUCACUCUCACUGUUUCUACCAGCAGCCUCAAUCUCAUGGCCACAGACUGCAAACAGAUCAUUGCCAACCACCACAUGCAGUCUAUCUCAUUUGCAUCCGGUGGGGAUCCGGACACAGCCGAGUAUGUUGCCUAUGUUGCCAAAGACCCUGUGAACCAGAGAGCCUGCCACAUACUGGAGUGUCCCGAAGGGCUUGCCCAGGACGUCAUUAGCACCAUUGGCCAGGCCUUUGAGUUGCGCUUCAAACAAUACCUCAGGAAUCCACCCAAGCUGGUCACCCCCCAUGACAGGAUGGCUGGCUUUGAUGGGUCAGCUUGGGAUGAGGAGGAGGAAGAGCCACCUGAUCAUCAGUACUACAAUGACUUCCCGGGGAAGGAGCCCCCUCUUGGGGGGGUGGUAGACAUGAGGCUUAGGGAGGGAGCCGCUCCAGGGGCCACUCGGUCCACUCCUCCCACUGCCCAGACACCCAGCCAUUUGGGUGCCACACUGCCUGUUGGGGGAGACCCAGAAGUCCGCAAACAGUUGCCACCUCCACCACCUUGCCCAGGCAGAGAGCUCUUUGACGAUCCCUCCUAUGUCAACGUCCAGAACCUAGACAAGGCCCGGCAAGCUGGGGCUGGGCCCCCCAAUCCUGCUAUCAAUGGCAGUGCACCCCGGGAUCUCUUUGACAUGAAGCCCUUUGAAGAUGCCCUUCGGGUGCCUCCACCUCCUCAGUUGGUGUCCAUGGCUGAGCAGCUCCGAGGGGAGCCCUGGUUCCAUGGGAAGCUGAGCCGACGGGAGGCAGAGGCACUGCUGCAGCUCAAUGGGGACUUCCUGGUGCGGGAGAGCACAACCACCCCUGGCCAGUACGUGCUCACUGGCUUGCAGAGUGGGCAGCCUAAGCACUUGCUACUGGUGGACCCUGAGGGUGUGGUUCGGACAAAAGAUCACCGCUUUGAGAGUGUCAGUCACCUCAUCAGCUACCACAUGGACAAUCACUUGCCCAUCAUCUCUGCGGGCAGCGAACUGUGUCUACAGCAACCUGUGGAGCGAAAACUGUGAUCCCUCCCAAAGCUCUCUUCCAGAAGAUGCCCUCCAGCUCCUCCCACCCUAGUCCCUAACUCUCAGGACCUCAUUUGGGGGUGUCCUGUGGGCUUGGCCUUGUGUAGGUGCUGGGAGUAGUGUGAACAGUGGAUUUAGUAUCCAGCUGUGUGAGAGGGUUUGAGUCAGGAGUCUGGGGUAGCCCCCAACAUCACCAAAGUAUUAAUGUACAGAGUGGCCCUUAACCUGGGCCUAUACUGUGCCAAUCUGAUGCCCCCCCUGCCCCUAGAAGGUGAGUGCUUGUAAUGGAAAACGUCCUGUGGUGACAGGCCUGGUAGAGCAACCUCCCUUCUGGGGAAGAGGGAACAAACCACACCUCUGGUCUCUCCCUGAGUUUCAGGGUACUCCAGAUCCCUCUCAACAACCCUCAUCCCAGGGUUUCAACUUUGUGCCUUUGACCAUCUCUUAGGUCUGAAGAUACUUUAUGCAAAGAGUUCUCAGGCCCCUGAGUUCAGUGACAGGGGUGCUGAGACCUUGGCUUCAGGACUCUUGUUUUCUCUUUGCUCAGCACCCCCUCCAGUUUGGGUUGGCAGAACAGAGGAGUGGCAGCUGUCCCCUCUCCCUAGGGAUAUGCAACCCUUAGAGAUUGCCCUAGAAACCCCCUCCCAGCCAGGGGGGAUAUGGGACCCCUCUUCUGCUCAGUACCUCCUGACAUACAAGUCCCAAGUCCCAAGUCCCACCUCCCAUGGUGAGUGCUUGUUGAACUACAUGGCCAAAGUGCAGCCCUUCCUCCCAUGGCCUCAUCCUGUCUGCCCUUCUGGGUUAGUGAGGGGUGACAGAAUUUGGGCCUCCUGUACAGGGAAUGCUCCCAGGUGGAUUUUGUGGGGUGGAACAGGGGCAUUGAGACUUUAAAGCAGUAGACAAUCCCCAAAUACCAUCUGUAGAUUUGGAAAUACAUUCAUUUUAAAUUUUAUAUGGAUAUGUUUUAGGGUUGUAGAAUUACUUUCCUAAUUUUGUUUCCAUGGCUUACUGAGCACAAAUGAUAAUCAAUCGCAUUUACACAUCACCUCUUUGAUGUUCUCUCACCCCACCUGUGAGUAUCAGCGACCUGGGGCAGGACGUGACACCGAGCCAAAGCGUGAAGAAGUGGCCUCUGACAAACGCGGGGAGCAGCCAUUUGCCUGGAUAUGUGUCACAGGUCCCCGAAGGGCAAUCCUAAGCUUUACAGCUCCGAUACCUGCUGCAGGCCGCGAGAUGAGAGGCCGGCCGUUAGCUCCAGGCCUGCGGAUGGGCCGUUUCCAUCCUGGCUCCUUUCUUUGUUCGGUUGUUUUCACGGGUCUCACUGUUACCAAAGGGAAAAUGUCUUCAUUAAAGUCCGCGUUUCUUCUA